AUGGCGCAGGGCGUGGUGGCAGAGGCGGAGCGGUUGCUGUGGGAGGAGCUGCUGUGGGUGGGGAGGAAGGAGGACCGGCCUGCCGUGGAGCUCUCCACCAUCCAGGACGAUAUCACCGUCGUACGGCGAGGCGCCUCCUUCCUGCCGCCAUCGCGCCUCCAGCAAGGCAGACAGUGGACGCUGGCCCGGCUAGCGAGCCUUCCAGCAGCACAGAAGCUCUACCACCCGCACGUACAAGCAGCAGCAGGGCAGGGCCAGGAGCAGGGGCAGGAGCAGGAGCAGGAGGGUGGCAGUAGCCCUGGGCCUGUGCGGUGGAGAGAGCGCAGGGUGCGACAGUUCGUACGGCAGAUCGAGCGGUUCCUAGAGCUCCUCUGCCUUGCUGUGCACGUCACAGGCGGCCAGCCUGCUCGAGGGCCUGAGCUGCUGUCCGUACGGUGGCGGAACGGGGUGCUGCAGGACCGCAACCUGUACGUGAUGGAGGGACAGGUGGUGGUCAUCACCCGCUACCACAAGCUCCAGGCCCAGUGGGACCAGCCGAGGGUGGUGGCCCGCUUCCUGCCAGACAGGCUGGGCCAGCUGCUCGCAGCCUACCUGCUGUACGUAAGGCCGCUGCAGACCAUGCUCGCC